AAUUUCAUACAUUUUGUUCGCAAGAAAAAUCAGUUAAGACUUGAAAUUUAAAUAAACUACAAACCAGCACUAAUUGAAAUUUAAAUAAAAUUUUGUUUUAAUUAAAUUUUCACAAUUCGAAUAAUCACAUUGAAUACCAAAUUCCAUAAACGAACUAAAGAAUUCCCUUUGAUAAAUGCGCAGCAACAGUACAAAAAACGACCAAAACGAGAACGGAAAUUACAAAGAUUUUCGAAUGCAAUCAUAAUUAUAACUCGUAGCAUUCCAGCCGAGUUUUCAUUCUUUGGGAAAACCACACGAAAACAUUCCGGUGGCAAACAGGUUGCCAUGAGCCCGAGAGCAACAACAACAACAGCAACACCAAAGGGGAAAAUCAAACACGUGCACAGAAAGGAAAAGGUUAACAACACAGAAAACGCCAGCAAAAAUAAAAACAGCAAACAGCAGCGGUAACAACAUUACGUUCUCCCUUUUUAUUUUGAUCAAACACAGGAAUAAACCAAAUUUUAAAACCGCGCGCUAACUGAAAAAAAAGAAAAAUUCGAAUAUAAAACGGGGGAAUAUAAAAAACGGAUAUAAAGGAAUUUCAAGCGUUUGGCAUUUUGUCAACCAGUAAAAGGGCCAAGUGACGAACAAAAAAAAUAUAAAACAGGGAGAGGCGCACAAGUGGCUGCAACAAAGGUUUCCCCUGAACCACCAAACCUGCAACCUCUGACACCCCGAAACAAAAAAAAAUAAAAAUCUACCUUCGGCCGGAAAACGCUUGUUUCGGCACGCGAGCGAAAGAGACGGGACGAGAGCGAGGGAGGGAGACAGGGACAAGAAACAACAGCAGCAACAACAAAACAAACAGCUCUAUGCCGGCACCAAGAUGAGACCAGGCCGAACGACAAAAGCAACAACAGCAGCGACCACGCCCCUGCUCCUGCUACUCCCACUAAUCCUGGGAAAUGUCCACUUGGCCCACGCCCAGUGUCCUUGGCAGAGGGAUGUGCCCGACCUGCAGACGAGCUGCAUCUGCGCCUACAACUUGGGCAGGGAGCUGUCCGUGCAAUGUGAUCAGGUGGAUUUCCCGCAACUCCUGGAAGCGAUGAACACUCAUGCCAGGCUGAAACCCGUGGACUUGCUGUACGUAAACAACUCCACGAUUGUGGAGCUGCCAGAGGCCAUUUUCAGCAAUUUGAGCCUGCACAAUGUGCAGCUCUCAAGUUGUGGAAUUCAGAGGAUUGCGAGGGGUGCCUUCAAGGGCCAGGAGUCAGUGCUGCGGAACCUCAAUCUGCAGGAUAAUCUCCUAGCCGAUGUGCCAGUUGAGGCGCUAAAGGUGCUGGGCAAGCUGAACCUGCUGGAUCUGUCCAAAAAUCAGCUCAGCCAAAUACCCGACGAUGCCUUUGUGGGUCUGACAAAGCUCUCCACGCUCAAACUGAACGACAACAAUGUAACCCUGGCAAGCAAUGCAUUCAGGGGACUGGAACCGAGUCUCAAGAACCUGAAUCUGAAGGGAACCAAACAGCGAAAGGUGCCGGAAAGUAUUAGGGGACUAAAGAGUCUGGCCUUCCUCGAUCUCUCACAGAAUGGCAUCAAAGAGCUGCCAGGUUCGGGUGGAAUUCGAGUUUUCGAUGGUCUGGAUGCACUGACAGCCUUGAAUUUGGAAAGGAAUCUCAUCCAGAGCAUCGGCGAAACGGCAUUCGCGGGAGUGCGAAAAACAUUGAGUUCGCUGAGUUUGCUCAACAACCUGCUGGCCGAAUUUCCCAUCGGAGCGGUCCACUCGCUGAAGGAACUGCGAGUCCUGGACAUUGGCUUCAAUCUGCUGACCACUCUGCCGGAGGCCGCCUUCCGGGGCAAUCCCGGAAUCACGCUGCUGGCCCUGGACGGAAAUCCCCUGAGCAGCGUGCCCGAAGGCGCCUUCUCCCAUCUGAACGCCACCCUGCGAGGACUUUCGCUCGGAGGCCGAUUCCUCCACUGCGACUGCAAGCUGCGAUGGGUGGCCGAGUGGAUUCGCAACGGCGACUUGCAGGUAACAUCACGCGAACGGAAUCCGCAGUUCUGUGGCACCCCACCACGUUUCCGGGACCGGGGCUUCUACUCAAUUCAGCCCGAGGAGCUGAGUUGUCCGGACAUUGCCGAUGCCGCCCUGCGAGGACCCGUUGGCCUGGCCGACAACCUGAAGCCAACUCUGUCCUCGUCGCCCGACUCCGUGGAAUAUGAGACGGGUACGGGCACGGAAACGGGGACGGGUACAGUGGGCACUGGCACGGCAGCCUCUGCUCCGGUGACCAGCAGUGUGAGCAGCUCCACUUCGACAACGACACCCACAACAACGACCACGACAACCACACCAGAACCAACAACCAAACGGAGCACGACUCGUCCACCGACCAAGUCAACUGCAAGUACAUCGGCCACCACAGCCUCGCCAGCAACGAAUCUCUCGGUGAAUGGAACGGGCACAGUGCAGGCCACCUCCAUCACCACGAGCAGCAGCUCCUCCUCCUCCUCGUCCUCUUCGUCUACGGGCCAUGGGAAUGGCAAGCAGGCGCCAGGAUGGCGCCAAGGAGUGACCAAUGGCAAUGGCAAUAGUGGAGGAGCAGGUGGCCUCCACAAGCCGCAGAGGCCACCACUUGUCCUGGGUUAUCCACCGCAACGGGGAACUCGAAUCGACGAUGCCAACGAGGUGCAGGUGAAGCACGCCUUCCGGCAGGACAGUUCCGUGAUCAUCCAGUGGGAUUCGGACACGGCCAACAUCCUGGGAUUCCGAGUGGUCUAUCGUCUGUUUGGCGAGAAGGCCUUCAAACAGGGUCCGCCAUUGGAAGCCAGCGAAAGGGAGUUCAAGAUCAAGAAUGUCCCGGCCCAGGAAUGCAUCAUCGUGUGCGUCAUCUCGCUGGAGGAGCUCCAUGUGACCCCGGAAACAGUUCCCUACCAGCAGUGCCGCGAAGUGCGGACUGUCGCCUCGCAGGCCUCCAACAUGGACAAGAUUACGAUUGCGGCCAGUGCGGCCAUUUGUGGCACCAUUAUUGUGGCCGUGAUUGUGUUCAUCGCUGCUAGCAGACGUUCCCGCAAACUUCAGAACAGCCAGCAAAAGAGUCCGCUGCCAAUUGGAGGUCUGCCCGUUAAUUGCUGCGGUCCGACCGGUUCACCGGGACCACUUGGCUCCAUUGCAACGCUAUCGGCAUUUAACAAUCACAAGGAAUGGGAUCAAGUGUCAGCGUACAGUGGUCGCUCGAUACCUAGGCCGCGUAUCUAUCCUGUGGAACAGCCUGACGAUAUGCGAAGCCACUUCUCCGGAAUGCCCGGCAAGGUGGGCAAGUCAAGAUCCCUGGCGGAUGGACAGUCGCAGCACAGUUUUUCGAAUAAUUCGCAUCGCGGCUAUUUGGGCAGUGCCUUCCCCUCGAACUUGGUGAACUCCCGGCCGGAAUUGCGACAAUCGCGGCAAUCCCUGGCCGCCGCCUCGGAGCGAAUGUCCCGGGCUUCGUAUGCGGGAUCCAUUCACGGGGGCGGAAACGGAGGAGGCGGUGGCCUUGGCGGCAACGGAGGAGGAGGAGGAGGAGGCGGCCUCCCGGUGAGCAGCCUGAUGGCCAUGAGCGGCAUGGUCGGCGGCGGCGGACCGGCGAGCAUCGCCUCCAGCGCCCGAAGAUCGCGACCGCGUUCCAGAUCACGCGAACAGCUGAACGCCACCCACAUACAUAACCAUCGACCGGGAAGUCGAUACUCGCAGGCGGGAUCGACGCACACGCUGAACAACUACUGCGACACAUCGGACAAUUGGACGGAUCACGACAUGGACAUCUACAUGGCCCGCAAUCCGACGACGCGGAACGGUUUAGUGCCAUUAUGAGGGCGACUUACGUUGUCCUGAUAUUUCAAUGUUGUAUUAAACUGGGACGGCAUCUUCUGACAAUAUCUGACGCCGGCCAUUGAGGGGCAGGAGGGCAGGGGGCAUGGUCGGCGUCAGCGGCAGCAACAGCAGCGUCAGCAGCAACAGCAACACCAACAGCAACA